AUGAAGGCGUCGUCCGGGGACGCCCCUGGCCGAGAGAGACCCUCAAUCACAAGUCACCCCGCCCUCCCCACCCUCCUCGCCGUACCACGCAACCCCGCCCCCGAACCGCCCUUCCGAUCUCCCUGCAGUACCCCUCGCCCCUCGCCGGGAAGAAGUGACUCCAGCAGCCGUGGCGGCUCUUUGGGCCCAAGGGGCGGGCGCGGCAGCCAUUGGCGGAGGCCGCUGCCUCCGGCUGUCAAUCCCGCGGCCCGGCCCCGCCCCACCGGCGGAGCGUGGCAGGACGCAGGGCCGCGGGGGCUGUCGGGACGGCUCCAAGAUGGCCGCGCGCUUGGGGUCCGCACCUGCUGGCGGCCUCGAGCCCCGUUAACUGCCACCGCUGCUGACCGGAGCCGCCAGUCGGCCUGGCGACUCCGUGGGCUGUCCCCGCGGGGCGGGAGGCCGCCAUGGCGACCCUGGAAAAGCUGGCGAAGGCCUUCGAGUCCCUCAAGUCCUUCCAGCGGCCGCCGCCUCAGCCCCCUCAGCCGGCACCGCAGCCGCCGCCGCCUCACCCGGUACCGCCGCCGCCUCAGCCCCGUCAGCCAGCACCGCAGCCGCCGUCGCCUCAGCCGGCACCGCCGCCGCCGCCGCUUCAGCCCCCUCAGCCGGCACCGCAGCCGCCGUCGCCUCAGCCGGUACCGCAGCCACCGCCGCCUCAGCCGGUACCGCCGCGGCCUCAGCCUCCUCAUCCGGCACCGCAGCCGCCGCCGCCUCACCCGGUGCCGCCGCCGCUUCAGCCCCCUGAGCCGGCUCCGCCGCCGCCCCCUCAGCCGGCACCGCAGCCUCAACCGCCACCGCCGCCCGUCCACCGUGGGUCAGGAGCCGCUGCACAGACGGAAGGUUAAAAUGCAUGUUCAUAACAUCAAGAAAAUCACAAGCAUUUACGAUGUAAUCAGAACUACCUGAGGAUCUGUGAAACUUGGUGUGUUAUUCUGGGAGAUCAUCAGGACUUCUGGGUAUUUGGAGGUACUGACCUAACCAGUGGAACUGCUGAUUUAUAAGAAGUUGUCCAGAAUUUUGGAAAACUGAUUAGUAGAGGCUGGAGACCGAGAAGAACUACCAUUUUUGCCAGCUGGGAUGCAGAAAAAUUUGGACUUCUGGGUUCCACAAAUGGGCUGAGCUCUGUCAUAAUGGAAACUCUGCAGCAGAAUCAGCUGUCAUCUAUCCCGUGUGGCCAAGUGCAGAGGUGAGAAUUCUCAUUUGUGGGAUGACCACUCACAGCUUUAAAUGUUUUUACUGUAACUGCUCUUAUAAGGUAGCAAGCUAGAGAGAGAGAGAGAGAGAGAGAAACAGAGAGAAGAAAAGAGUUCUCUCUGCAUAUUCCCAUGUGUGUGAUGGCAUUAGUCUUCUUCUGCUGUAUUUUUCUAGAAUGUGUGUGCGUGUGUGCAUGUAUGUGUGAGAGAGAAAUGUCUUGUCUUUGUCCUAAUAGCCACUCUUCUCUCCCUCUAGUUUUUUCUCUAUCCUCCCCUCCUUUCUUUUUCUUUUUCAUCAAUAUCUUCUCUUUCAAAAAAUUCUUGAUAAAUCAAAUUUCCAACUUCCUCACUUUUAAUAUGGUAAAGUUACUUGGAUCCCCAACGUCAAGGGAUCUCAUACUUUAAUGUCUGUAAGGAUUGCCAGGGACACCUUUUAAAAGUACAGAUUUCCAGGCCUUACUUUGAGCAGUUCUCUUCCAGUAGAUCCAGGGUGAGGCUGAGCAUCUCCGAGCCUUCCCCCUUCAUAUUAUGGUGCAGGGGAUCAGGGGCAGUUUUCCUCUGGGUCUCCGUGCUGUUGCUAUGAAAAGUGGCUACAGCAUCACUAAUAUUUUUCUUUCUUGUUUUAAUUGCAUUAAUAUUAUCAAGCAGUUAAUAGCAUUUUCUUAAAAUUAUGGUCAAAGGCAUAGGCGUUUGAUUUAUAAUGGUAUCUGCAAACCACUCUUUUACUGAAUUAAUUUGUUUGUUUUGCUUGUAUUUCCACAAUUGUAAAUGCUGUGAGUUAAGUGACUGCUUUGCUUCAACUACAGGAGAAUGUGAAAACACUCCAGGAGAGAGAGGUUGCAUAUAUCAAUGCAGACUCAUACACAGAAGGCAAUUAUACCCUCAGAAUUGACUGUACACCUCUUCUUUUCCAGUUGGUAUAUAAACUGACAAAAGAGUGGAAGAAUGAGACAUCAUUCAUCUGGAGAAAUGCUAUUGGUUGCUGAGGGCUCAAUCCCGAACUGGAUGAUUUGAUUUAGAGACAUUUGGCCCAUUGGCUUCACCACCAAUUUGUCCAUCUCUGAGUGAAGGUUUAUUUAACGCUUUUGGUGAAAAUCAUGACAGCCACAUAGAUUUUAAGGAGAUAUCCUGUGGGUUAUCAGCUUGUUGCAGAGGACCUCUGGCUGAAAGACAGAAAUUUUGCUUCAAGGUAUUUGAUGUUGACGGUGAUGGAGUUCUUUCUAGGGUUGAACUGAGAGACACGUGGUUGCACAUUUAGAGGUCUGGAAGGACAACUGCACCGAUGAUACCCUGGAAUUACUUGUGGAUCUAUCCUACAUUGUGGAAGACACAUAGAAUGCACAUGACACCACAAAGAAUGGCCAUCUUAACUCUAGAAGAAUAUCAGAUCUGGAGUAUGAAAAAUGUUCUUGCCAAUGAGUUUUUGAAUCUACUUUUCCAGGUAUGUUUAAGGUAAAUGACAGAGACCGAGGGCAGUGGUACCAGUAGUUCUACAUCUUUUCCAUUAUGUAGUAGUUAGACAACUAGACUACAAACCAUAUAUUGUUGAAAGAACUGCAUUAACCUGUACACCACCUGCAGAUGGUAAGUUAGAGCGUGCGUGCUUCUCAGAGUCACAAUGUGCAUGAUAGGAAAGUAGAGUAUAGCUGAUAAUGUUUAUCUUAAUAACUCAUGAUAGAGCAGAUUGUAAACACAUAGAAAAGAAUUUAAAAUGUAAAAGCCAUUAUAAUUUGCUAUUUUUCUUUACUUUUUUUUUUUUUAAGACCCUUCCUAACAAGUAAGGCAGUGUGGACAGAGACAUAGAUCAUAAGUUGGCAGCUGUAAAUUUUUCACAAAGUAUACAAUCUUUCCAGUUAGGAGGUUAUUUUAGAUGCAAAGCUGUUUGUUAAUUUUCUUUUUUUUCUUUCUUUCUUUCUUUUUUUUCUUUUUUUUAAUUUAAUUCUUUAGAAGGCCCAAAAAAGAUUGAAGGAGAAAGGAGGAAAGAAAAGCUGUCAGGGGUGAACAUGAAAUCAUAAAACUUGCCAGAUUUUAACUAUUUUCCCAGUUAAAGUAGUUCUCUUUGCUCCAAUUUAAAGAAACAACUCAUAGUUUCCCAUUUUUCAUAGUUCUUCAUAAAUAUAUGUUGACUUAAUAGUAUUUUACAGGGGGGAGGGGUGUGAGUAGGGACAGACUGGAAGUUCAAGAUUUGUAAAUACUGACUAUAUAUAGAAUAAACAAGUUUAUACUGUAUAGCACAGGGAAAUAUAUUCAAGAUUUUGUAGUAGCUCAUGGUGAAAAAAUAUGAAAACAAAUAUACGUAUAUUCAUAAAGGACUGAAAAAUUGUGCUGUACACCGGAAAUUGACACAACAUUGUAAACGGACUAUAACUCAGUAAAAAAAUAAAAAUGAAGAUAAAACUGUUAGAACACUAUAAAAAAAGUAGUAUUUUAGAUUUUUCUUAUUUUAUUCUCCUUUUCUUAUAAAAGCACCCCUAUGAAGAUCAAUAAGGCUUGAUAUCUUUAUAUCUAUCAUGAUCCUCCAUUGUAAAUACAGAGUAACCUGCCUGUGACACAGCUAUGUUAGAAUAAAUGAAAGUUGAACUCUUCCUGACAGCUAAUAACUAAUGUAUAUUUAAAGCAUAUGAAAUCUGAUAAGCCUAUGAUACCCAUUUAAAUCAAUCAGUUGCUCUACUGUCAGUUAUCAGCCAGGAUCUAAGUUGAUGUCUUUAUAAAACAUAAAUACAUAUAAAAAUAAUAUAAACCUACUGUAAACAGAAAUGACUUGCUUAGUAAUAUGAAAAUGGUGCAGCUAUUUUUUAUCUCAUUUAAAAUGAUGUCCUCAAUUACUUUAAGUUAUCAUUAAUUAUAUAAACAUUUUGACCACUUAAGUUUGUGUCUGAGUCAUCUUGCAGCUCUUACAUAGCAAAGCAUUUUGAACUUUUAUAUUGCCUUUCCUAUUUUCUCAUGCUUAUCAGGGACUUGCAUAGGCACUAUUUUUUCUAUGACUCUAUAAACAGAUGUAUGCCUGAGAUUUUCUUUUGUGUCUCAGUGUCUCUAGCAUUAUAUUACUGACAGAUUUUUUGUUGGUUAUCAAUCUAAUUUUUUUCUUGGUAUAUAUAGUCCUUUCAAAUAUAUAUAUAUGUAGUCAGUUUACACUGUUGUGUCAAUUUCUGGUGUACAGCACAAUGCUUCAUUCAUACAUGAACAUACAUAUAUUAAUUUUCAUACUCUUUUUCACCAUAAGUUACUACAAAACAGUAUUGGAUAUAGUUCCCUGAGCUAUACAGUAUGAACUUGUUUAUAAAUUGGGAGUUUGAUUUGCAGGUACUAAAUAUUAACAUUACAUUUUAUGAUGCUCACUUUAUCCCAUAUUCAGACAUGCUUUUAAAACUUUAUGUUCACUUAAUAUAUAAGUAAGCAGACUUACUCUAAAUUGUUUUAUUUUCUGUCUGUUUCUAAAAUAGAAUUAGCUAGUAAAUUCAGUGAUAAAAGCUUGAAUUAUACUUUUAUUUUAUUUGCCAAGAUCCCACUCCUGGCUGACCAUUUUGGGUAUUUAAGUAUAAAGUAAGUAAAUGUCAGUAGAAUUAGGAAACCAUUCCUGUGGUAAUAUUAUUUUCAGUCCUUUCAAAUAAACUCAGUGCCCAAUAUUUUGCAGAGGAAGCAUUCUAAACAUGAUCAGGAUCUUCUAUCUUGUACGUUUGUCAGAAAGUGUCAAAUGUUAAACAGUUUUAUAAACAGAAUAGUGCACCACACUGACCCCUACCUAUAUCCAUGCUCUAAUCCUGAAAUCUGUGAAUAUGUUAUUUUACAUGGCAAAGGGGAUUUUGCAGAUGUAUCAGGUUAAGGACUCUGAGACAGGGAGAUUAGCCUGGAUUAUCUACAUGGGCCUAGUCUAACAACCGGAGUCCUUAAAAAUUGAAAAUCUUUCCCAGCUGUGGUCAGAAAGAUAUGAAUUUGGAAGAGGGAUUAGAAAGCUGUAAAGCUGUUAGCUUUGAAGAUAGAGGAAGGGCCAUGGGUAAAGAAGUGUGGGUGAACUCUAGAAGCUGAAAAAGACAAGGAAAUACAUUCUUCCUUUGACCUACAGAAGGGCAUAGUGCUGCUGACAUCUUGAUUUUUAGCCAAGUGAUACCUGUUCCUGACGACCUACAGAACCAUAAAAUAGUAAGUUUGUGUUGCUUUAAGCUGCAAAAUUUGUGAUAAUUUGUUACAGCAGUGAUAAAAAUAAGUAUAGGGGAGAUAAUCCAAAUUUAUGGAUUGGAGGGCUCAACAUUUUAAAGAUGUCAGUUCCCCUUCAACUGAUUCAAAGAUUUAUAUGUGCACAUCAAAAUCCCCAACAGUUAAUUGUUGUUACUGUUUUUUUGUAGAACUUGACAAGCUGAUUCUAAAUACAUAGAGAAGCGUGAAGGGCCAAUAGCCAAGAUGAUAUUAAAGAACAAUAUUAAAGGACUUAUUAUAAAACAAUAUUGUCUAUGUGAUAACUACCUAAAGUUAGACAUAUAGACCAAUGGAACAGUAUUGAAUUAAACCCUGUACCAUACAUGAACAGUAAUUUUAGAUAGAUUAUAAAUCUAAUAAAUUUGAAACAUAAAGCAAAGCAUCUGGGGGAGGGUAAAGCUCAGGUGGAAUGUGUGCUUAGCAUGCAUAAGGUCUUGGGUUCAACUCCCAGUACCUCCAUUAAAAUAAAUAACCUAAUCCCCCACCAAAAUAAAGCAUCUAGAAAAUAGUGUAGGAGAUAUUUUAAUGACUUUGAAGUGGCAAAGAGUUCUUAAACAGGACACAGCACUAAACAUAAAAGAAGAGUUUUAAGUUGGACUUCAGUAAAAUUAAGAAUUAUUUUUAUCAAGAGAUACCAUUAAGAAAGUGAAAAGCUAAGCCACACGGUGGGAAAAUAUAUUUGCUAUACCUAUAUCCAACAAAAGACUUGUAUCUAGGGCAUAUAAAGAACAAAAACCAGUGGAGAAAAAGGCAGAACCUCAACAUUAAAAUGUGCAAAAAAAUUGAACAGGUGCUUCACAAAAAAAAAAAAAAAAAAAAAAAAUCCAAAUAAGCUAUGAAAAGAGGCUGACCUGUUUAGUAAUAAUGGAAAUACGUACUAAAACCACACUUGGAACACCAUUAGACAUCCUCUAGAAUAGUUAGUUGUUAAGUGAUAUGAAGCAUUGGUGAGGGCAACAAGCAAUGGGGACUCUUACACAUGGCCAGUGGGAAUAUAAAUUCUUACAAAUACUUUGGGAAUAGGCUUUUUGAAUGAAAGUUAUAUAUGUAUAUGUGUGUGUAUAUAUAUGUACACACACACACAUACACACACACACACACACACACACACCCUAUUACCAAGGGUAACCCAUGUGUGUACCCUUCAGAAACUUCUACAUCUGAGCACCAAAGGACAUCCAGAAAAUUCUCAUAAUCACUAUUUAUUAUAGCCCCAAAUAGAAAAUGACCCAAACACCUGUCAACAAUAAAUACAUAACCAUAAGUGGUGGCACAUGCAUACAAGUUGUAUACUUUAAAGCAAUAAAAAUAAAUAUACUAGUUUACAGAAAACACUAGUGGAUGAAUCUUACAUAAUUUUGAGUGGAAAGUAUGGGACCAAAAAUUUCAAAAGCAAAAAAGCCAAUCCAUGGUGGCUGAAUUUAGGAUGGUGAGUCCAUCAAAGGGGUGCCGUAGUAUCUGGGAAAAAAACCCAAAGUGGAACAGCAAUGUUCUGUUUCUUGACUGGAUGAAGGUUACAUAGAUGUGUUUACUUUGUGAAAAAUCACUGAGCUGCAUACUUAAGAUGUGUUCACAUUUAAGCAUGUAUAUUAUAUUUACAUUUUUUAAAAAAAUGUUUGCUUGCAAAUAGAUAUCCAAAGCCUAAGUAUUUAUCAGUAGGAGGAUGGAUAAAACAAAUGAUAGUAUAUUCAAACAAUGGAAUACUAUUCAACAGUAAAAAAGAAUCAACUACUGAUACAAGGAUGAACCUCAAAAGCCUAAUUUAUACAUUUCAUUGUCAGGUAAAUUUUAACUCAGAAGGUAAACAAAACUGUAAACAGGCAUGUGCCCUGGGGGGAGGGGUGCUGUAGCCUUUGUCUCCUCAGACCUGUGCCAUUACUGGCACAUCCCGCAAGAAGAGAGGCAGGGCUCAGCCACAGCUACCAUCUCCUCCUGUGCAUGGUGCCCUGGCGGGGGUGGGGCUGAGGCCUGAAUCUGCAUGUGGGGGCUCCACAACCUCCUAGGCAGGACUGAGACUUGUUUAUAGCCUGAGGCAGGGAGGAUCUUUCUACCCUGACACCUCAGAGAACUUGUGCUGCCAAGAGAAACAAGGAGCUCAGAUUUGGCACAGCGUAGGUGGGGCUGUUCCGUGGUCUUCCCCGAGCCCACCUACAGACCGCCUACCCGAGGCAGAGCAGGCAGCUGCACAGAGCAGCAGAGUGACCAGCACCAGGAGAGGGCACAGCACCUGACCACGGUGCUGGGAUGGGGUGUGAUCUGCCCACCUGCCUCCCCCUGAGCACAGCUUCUGACUGUGGCAUCAGGAGGGGGAGUGACCUGCCCACCCACUGGGUAAGAGCUCAGCUCCUGACCUAGUGUUAGGAGGGGGCACAAUCUGCUAGCCAACAGCCACUGAGAGCAGCACAGAUGAGGGCGCCAACAGAAGGCCUAUGAAACAGCAAGCUGAGUUCGCGAAGCAGGGCGAAGACACAAAGACCUCUCGAUAAAAUCAUUAAGGGCACACCAUCUCCAGGUUAAGUAGGUAACUGAUACUCCUUAAGCCACGGUGCCAGAGAGAUAUGAGCAAUGUGAAGAAGCAGAGAAACCACUCCCAACUAAAAGAUCAAGAGAAAUCCCCUGAAAGCAUGAUCAAGGAAAUAGACAUUGAUGGCCUACUAGAUCAAGAUUUCAAGAAAAGAGUGAUCAAAGUACUGAAGGAACUAAAAGAAAUAGGGUUUAGGGAUAUAAAAUAUGUCAAAAAUGAAAUAGAAACUAUAGAGAAGAACCAAGUAGAAUUAGUAAACUCAUUGUCUGAGAUGAGAGCUGACCUAAAGGCUGUGCAAAGCAGACUAGAAAAUACAGAAGAACAAGUAUGUGAUCUAGAAGACAGGACAACAGGAAGCACCCAAUCAGAAUAGCUGAGAGAAAAACAAAUAAAAAACAAUGAAAACAAUAUAUGGGACCUAUGGGGUAAUAUAAAGUGUGCCAAUCUAUGCAUAAUAGGAGUUCCAGAAGGGGAAAAAGAACAAAGGGGAUUGAAAAGGUAUGGGAAGGACUCAUGACUGAAAACUUCCCAAACCUAAAGAAGGAAUCAUAUCCAAGCACAGGAGGCUCAGAGGGUCCCAAACAGGAAGAACCCAAACAUACCCACACCAAGGCAUAUCCUAAUCAAGAUAGCCAGAGUCAAGGAUAAAGAAAUGAUCCUAAAGGAAGCAAGAGAAAAACAGUGAGUUACAAGGGAACCCCCAUAAAGUUUUCAGCUGAUUUCUCUACACUAUUUACAACAGCUAAGACAUGGAAACGGCCUAAAAUGUCCAUCAACAGAUGACUGGAUAAAGAUGUGGGAUAUUUAUAUGAUGGGAUACUAUUCAGCCACAAAAACUGACAACAUAACGUCAUUUGCAGAGACAUGGAUGCUCCUGGAGAAUGUUAUUCUAGGUGGAGCAGAACAGAAAGAGAAAGAGGAAUACCAUAUGAGAUCACUCAUGUGUGGAAUCUUAAGUAUAUGCAAGAUCUUGUGGUAACUCACAGCAAAAAAAAAAGUGACAAUGAAUAUAUGUACGUUCAUGUAUAAAUGAAAAAUUGUGCUCUACACUGGAAUUUGUCAUAACAUUGUAAAAUGACUAUUACUCAAUAAAAAAUGUUUAAAAAUAAGUAAAAUAAAAUAUAACCUUUAAAAUACUGUAUAA